CGGCUCUCUCUGUCGCGAGCCCUGCUGGACCGGGGGCCCCUGCAUUGUUGCUGCCACCGCUGCUGCUGCUGUGUAGUCUGGCCCGUUCCUAGCGCCGCCGCCGCCGCCGCCGCAGCGGACACGGGGGAGGCGGAGGAAGAGGCGGCGGCGGAGGCAGCAGCAGCUGCUGAUCCUCUGCCUAGGCAGCUGCCAUCCCUGCUGCGCCGCGGCCAGACCAGACGCAAGGUGCUGCCCCGGCAGCGUGAACUGAACAGGGAUGAUCCUAGGCAGCCUGAGCCGGGCGGGCCCAAUUCCUGCAAUCCUGCGCCCGCCGCCGGCCAUGAUGCAGCCACCCCUGGAUCUCAAGCCCUUCCUCUCGUUCCCCGUGGAGGCACAGCCAGCCGUGGGUCUCUUUCCAGGUUUCAACACGAUGGACCCGGUGCAGAAAGCAGUGAUCAACCAUACAUUUGGGGUCCCUGUAACCAAGGCCAAACGCCCCAUCAUCUCUUGCAACGUCUGUCAGAUCCGUUUCAAUUCUGAGAGCCAGGCUGAAGCACACUACAAGGGGAACCGCCACGCCCGGCGAGUAAAGGGAAUUGAGGCAGCCAGAACGCGGCAGAAGGAAUCGGGACCCCGUGAGGGAGACAAGCCAGGAUCUGCAGGCAGUCCAUCCUCCAGCACUGGGGAGAGUGAUUCUGACCGCACAGCUGAGCAGCUGAAUGGCAUUGGAGCCUCAGUGAUGGCGCCCCCCGUGCCAGCUCCCUCUUCGCCAGAUAAACAGCCCUGCCUGGGAUCUCCAGCAGCAGCAAUAGCACCCCACCUGGCCACUUGCCCAGAGCCAAGCCAGAGUUCCAAGAGUGGGCCGGCCUGGGGGACCAAGUUGGGAGAAAUCUCAGCCGCACCUGCAACCCCAGCCACUUCAGGGGUGACUCCCCCUAGUAACGGCAGCCCCAAGCCCGAUGAAGAAAAGGCCAAGAAGCUGCUAUACUGUGCCCUUUGCAAAGUGGCCGUCAACUCGCUGUCUCAGCUUGAGGCACAUAACAAAGGUACAAAGCACAAGACUAUCCUGGAAGCGCGCAGCGGACUGGGGCCUAUCAAAGCGUAUCCACGUCUUAGUCCCACCUCUGGAGGGGAACCAGGCAACCAAGACCCCAGUGCUCAGGAGAGAACCUUCCACUGUGAAAUCUGCAAUGUCAAAGUUAACUCGGAGAUCCAGCUCAAACAGCAUAUUUCCAGCCGGCGGCACCGGGAUGGAGUUGCUGGGAAGCCUAAUCCCCUGUUGAGUCGGCACAAGAAGCAGCGUGGCAUGGCAGAGCUGCCAGGCUCCCUGGCCUUUUCCAAGGAGCUUCCCAAGUCCCUGGCAGCUGGAUUGCUACCCAAUCCCCUGGCUGUAGCAGCUGCCAUAGCAGCAGCAGCUUCCACACCCCUGACGCUGCGGCCAGCCCCAACGCCACCCCUGUUGCAGGGCCCGCCUCUGACGCACCCGCUCCUGCGUCCGGCUCCGGGGCCCAUCCGAACUGCACAUGGACCCAUCCUCUUCUCACCAUACUGAUGCUGCCCGUCCACUCACCUGCCUGCCACAAUCCCGGGACUCCUGGCUCCACCAGAACCACACCGCCCUCCCCCCCGGCAACUAGCAACCAGUCCCGGCACUCUCACCAGGCGUCCAGGCCCACUGAAGGGAGCAUUUUACUCUUCCUCCCCAUCCUUUUUCUUUGUAACAGGAAAUGGAAUUAUUUUUCUGAGAAGAGAAAGAGGAGGAGCCCGCCCUUCUGCAUCCCCACACAUCCGUGCGCCUGCUCUCCACCCGCUCGGGACCCCAGCCAAAUCUGCACAAGUGCUGGGCUCCUGCAGGGGGCUGGGCUGAGGCGUGCUUCUUGGGGUGUGCCUGGGCGUGCACGCGCGUGUCGGUCUCAUCUUCCGAGGUACGAAAGGUUGGGGAACGGAAGUGCCUCCCCAGGACUCUGUGGCGCAUUGGCAAGAGAGGCAGUUCUGGUACCUCAGGGACUGAUCAGCAAGCAAUCUCCUUUCAUCCCAGAGCUAAGGGGGCCGUUGCCCCCCUUACUCGUACAAGCCAUUGUCCACUUGCACUGAGAAGUGGGGGGUGUAUGUGUGUGUGCAGGACAGAAGACAGGGCCUCCCGAAAGAGUCCCUACUGCAAUAAUGCUGGCCAGCACCUCCAUGUACAUAUCCCCUGAGGUCCCCCCCCCCGUCGGCACCCGCCUCCCCCUGUGCUGGCCCUUAUCCUUACUGCGCUUCCAUGCAAUGGGGCUCCCCUUGGGCUCCUCACCACGGCACCUCAAUAAGAGACUGGCAGAGCAAGUACUGUGCCCCAUUUUCCAUGCCCCCCGGUCCGUCCUGCACUGAGCAGCAGACAAACCCAAGCCUGUUCAGUUGCGUUAUUCCAGUCUACAGAACUUCCUGUCCUCUGAAUGAAGAAAAAGGUGACCCCAUCAGCUAGCCUGGGAAUGGCACGUUGGUUAAGAGAGUGCAUCAGAGUUGGGAGGAGUGGCUGGCAUCUCUUUCUGCCUCUAGACCAUUCCUUUGGGUUUUCUGUGCUGUUGCCAUGGUAACGUGACAUCUCCCCGCCUCCUUACCUUCCCUUUGCCUGUUUCUACAGAGAUGGGUCUCCACCUCUCCCUGACUGAAUGGGACAUUAGCCAAGAGGCCGGGUUGUUCUUUUCCUGGGGAUCAAGCAGCCCCCUCCUCCAAGCCCACCCCAGCCCACCCCACAGCACCUAAAAUUCCAGAUGCUUGUAAAUCCUUGGCAAGCACCCAGGUUGGUGCCUGUUGGGGCACGGCCUAUGCUGUAGC